AUGUCAAUUCAUCUGGCAGCAGCACAAGAUGUGGAGAUGUUUACAGCGAGCCUUUCUGCAGAACAACAGAGAGAUCUGGCGAAGAGACUCACCACUUUCCUGUCUCAGUACAGCCACGUAUCCGACUCCUAUAUAAUUGAAUUCUUCACUGAAGACCUCUGGCACACUUUACCCCACCGCUGGCAGCCUGUGCUACAGGACCUGUCGUACCCACAGGUGGCAGACCUUUUACUGGAUCCUACACAUGGAGACAGGAGAUAUCCGUCGGUGUGGCCUCUGUCCCUCCUGGCGUUCCGGGCCACAGCUCAUGCUCUGGCGUUUCCCAGAGAGUGCAGGCAGGAACGCAGCGGGGCGGCCGUCUCGGUGAAGCCCGAGGAGUUCCUGGAGAACCAGAGCCAGAGCUCACUGCUGGGACACAUAUUCAGGAAACACGUCAAACCCAAGAAACAGCAUGAGAUCCGCAAGCUGGGCACGCUGGUAAAACAACUUUGUGAGCAGACUGCCUGCAGCAGUGUGGUGGAUGUGGGCUCUGGACAGGGUCAUCUGACUCGCUUCCUGUCCUUUGGACUCGGACUCUCGGUGACCGCUAUUGAGGCUGAUCACACUCUGGUUUCAACAGCGUCCAAAUUUGACGCAGAGUUGCUGUGGACCUUGGAGAAGGAAAUGCAGAAGAAGAGCUGCUCCUCUUUGGACCGAGCAUUGCAGUCCUCUCCCCGCCACGUGGCUGGCUGGGUUAACCCCAAGGCAUCAUGGGAGGCCUUCAUCAAGCAGCUGAGUGCUGCAGAUUGUGUCAAUAAAAGUCCCCAAACUCUAUUUGGACCCAGCAAAAAGAGACUGCGGGGCUCUGAGCAUCAGAGGCCUUCUCACGGGGUCCAGUCUUCGUCUUGUUCUGCAGAUUCUGAUCGUCGCUCACUGGACUUACGACAAAACGAGUCUGAGGAGGAGUCGUCCACUGAGAACUGCUGCACGUGUGUCCAGCCUGUCCGUCAGGAGGGUGUACAUCCUGAGGAAAACAGCCAGCUACAUCCAGACUUUGUCCUCACCGGUCUCCACGCCUGCGGUGACCUCAGCGCCACCCUCCUCCGCCACUUUGUCAACUGCCCACAUGUGCGUGGCAUCACCUCUGUGGCGUGCUGCUACAUGAAAAUCACGACCAAAGAGAACCCCACCCCUCCAGGACUGGUAGCAGCUCCGCAGACUCCCGGUCUGGAUGCACUUCCCUCAGAGUUCGGCUACCCGAUGAGCUCCUGGGUGGGGGGGCUGCCGGGACAGCGGCUGUCUUACAAGGCGAGGGAGGGGGCGUGUCACGCCAUCGAGGACUAUGCACGGAGGCUUCGAGAAGAGAGCGAGCUGCUGAGGACGCACUGUUACCGGGCGAUGCUGGAGACCUUCAUCAGGGAUACAAGGCCGGAUCUGCGCAGGGCAGGAAUCCAGACCAUAAAGAAAGCCCACCUAUUACCGUUUACAGAGUACGCCCGCCUUGGUCUGGUCCGGGUCGGCCUGCCUCCCGGGUUGGCUCUGAACCCGGAUCGGGUGGAGGCGAUGUUGAAGCAGCAGAGCAGGGUGGUGGUGUACUUCAGCCUGUCCCUGCUGCUGGCUCCUGUGGUGGAGACGCUGGUGCUGCUGGACCGGAUGAUCUACCUGCAGGAGAACGGUGUCGACAGUCAGCUGGUUCCUCUCUUCGACCCAAACUUUUCUCCGAGAAACUUUGUGCUGGUGGCUCUGAAGGCCCGUGGAUGAGGAGGAGAAAAGUCAAACUAUAUUAGUCACUCUUGUGGACAAAAAUUACACUUUAUUUUCCCAUGAACGAGCUCAAGAUCAGGAAAGUCUUGUCGUCUUUAAACCAAGCAAGGAAGUCUUGUUUGAAUUCUGAUUUUAGCCUCUGUUUUUAGAGACAUGAUCAACAAACAAAAAUUAAGAAGACUUUUCUUUUUUUUAACUGAAAGAGUGCAUGUCCGUCCUGCAGUAAAGUGCUUCCGAUUUCCAGCUUCACU